AUGUGGGAACUCCGCUCUGUGGCCUUCACUCGAGCUAUCCUUGCUGAAUUCCUAGCCACGCUUCUCUUUGUCUUCUUCGGCCUGGGCUCAGCUCUGAACUGGCCUGCUUCCCCACCAAAUGUCCUCCAGAUCUCCUUCGCAUUUGGCUUGGCCAUUGGUACCUUGGUUCAAGCGGUGGGUCAUGUCAGCGGAGCCCAUAUUAACCCUGCAGUGACCAUGGCCUGCCUGGUGGGCUCUCAAGUCUCUUUCCUCAGGGCCAUCUUCUACAUAGUGGCACAGAUCCUAGGAGCUGUGACGGGGGCUGCCCUCCUGCAUCAAAUCACGCCGCCUCAUAUUCGGGGCAGCUUGGCCAUCAACAGGGUGCAAAAUAACACAACAUCAGGACAAGCUGUCGCCAUGGAGAUUUUCCUCACUUUUCAAUUGGUCCUGUGCAUUUUUGCUUCCACUGAUGAUAAUAGGACCGACAAUCUGGGAUCCCCAGCUUUGUCCAUUGGUUUCUCUGUCGUCCUGGGUCACCUCAUUGGGAUCUACUACACUGGCUGUUCCAUGAAUCCUGCUAGAUCUUUUGCCCCAGCUGUGAUUCUUGGUGAAUUUGACCACCAUUGGGUCUUCUGGCUGGGGCCCAUGGUUGGAGCAGUGGUGGCUUCCUUGCUCUACAAUUAUGCUUUCUUCCCUCACAGAAAGUCUCUGUCAGAGAGGCUAGCAAUCUUCAAAGGCUAUGAGCCAGAAGAGGACUGGGAAGAGCGUGAAGUUCGCAGGAGGCAAUCAAUGGAGCUGCACUCUCCCCAGAGUUUGCCUCGGGGAGUGAUGGAAAAAGUCUAA